GCGGGACCCGCCAGCCCGUCGGCCCGGCCAGCCCAGCCCAGCCCGGCGGCCCGCAGCCCCGCCGCCCGCCGCCCCCCGCCGCCGCCGCGUUGCCAAAACAAACGGGCCGGCCUAUUUAUUGGCGGCCGGCGAGCCGGGCAGCUCAGAGUCGAGGCGCCGAGGGGGACAGCGCGCCGCCACCAGCCAGGGCCCCAGGCCCCCACCCCGCACCUGAGUCCCGCCGGCCCUGCGCCGCGCCGCGCAGCCCAUGGCGCCCCCACCUGGAGCCCCCCGGAGCCACCCGGACGCCUGAGCCCUCGCAGCGCUCCCGUCGACUAGCCCACCCAUCAGCCCACCAGGCGCCCUCGGCUGCCCCUCUCUCGGGCUCCCCGGCCAUGUCUCCCGCCCGGCUCCGGCCCCGCCUGCGGUUCUGCCUGCUCCUGCUGCUGCUGCUGGUGCCGGCGGCGCGGGGCUGCGGGCCGGGCCGGGUGGUGGGCAGCCGCCGGCGGCCGCCGCGCAAGCUCGUGCCGCUCGCCUACAAGCAGUUCAGCCCCAACGUGCCCGAGAAGACCCUGGGCGCCAGCGGGCGCUAUGAAGGCAAGAUCGCGCGCAGCUCUGAGCGCUUCAAGGAGCUCACCCCCAACUACAAUCCCGACAUCAUCUUCAAGGACGAGGAGAACACGGGCGCCGACCGCCUCAUGACCCAGCGCUGCAAGGACCGCCUGAACUCGCUGGCCAUCUCGGUAAUGAACCAGUGGCCCGGAGUGAAGCUGCGAGUGACCGAGGGCUGGGACGAGGACGGCCACCACUCGGAGGAGUCGCUGCACUAUGAGGGCCGCGCGGUGGACAUCACCACGUCGGACCGCGACCGCAAUAAGUACGGACUACUGGCGCGCUUGGCAGUGGAGGCCGGCUUCGACUGGGUGUAUUACGAGUCUAAAGCCCACGUGCAUUGCUCCGUCAAGUCUGAGCACUCGGCAGCCGCAAAGACAGGUGGCUGCUUCCCUGCCGGAGCCCAGGUGCGCCUGGAGAGUGGGGCACGCGUGGCCUUGUCAGCUGUGAGGCCAGGAGACCGGGUGCUGGCCAUGGGGGAGGAUGGGAACCCCACCUUCAGUGACGUGCUCAUUUUCCUGGAUCGCGAGCCGGAUAGGCUGAGGGCUUUCCAGGUCAUCGAGACCCAGGACCCCCCACGCCGCCUGGCACUCACGCCUGCCCACCUGCUCUUCACCGCCAACAAUCACUCAGAACCAGCGGCCCACUUCCGGGCCACGUUUGCCAGCCAAGUGCAGCCUGGCCAGUAUGUGCUGGUGGCCGGGGUGCCAGGCCUGCAGCCUGCCCGAGUGGCAGCUGUCUCCACACAUGUGGCCCUUGGGGCUUACGCCCCACUAACAAGGCACGGAACGCUGGUGGUGGAGGAUGUGGUGGCCUCCUGCUUCGCAGCCGUGGCUGACCACCACCUGGCUCAGUUGGCCUUCUGGCCCCUGCGACUGUUUCACAGCUUAGCCUGGGGCAGCUGGACCCCGGGGGAGGGUGUGCACUGGUACCCCCAGCUGCUCUACCGCCUGGGACGGCUCUUGCUGGAAGAGGGCAGCUUCCACCCACUGGGCAUGGCCGGGCCAGGGAGUUGAAAAGAUCCCUCUGCUGCCCGUCUGGAACUGCCCAGCUGGAUCCAAAGGCCUCCCUGCCAGGGCGCACCGGCCGUGGAAGGGACCUGAGCAGGGGGCACUGGUUCCUACCAUCUCCUCCACCACAGAGAUAUACCGUUGAGACUUGACUGGGCAAUGCCAGUGUCCCCCACCCCUGUCUUGGUGUAGUGUCUUGGUGUCUUGCAAGCUGAGCUGACGAUGGGGGUGGUCUCUCCUUCUAUCCUAGAGACCUCGAGGCUGGCACGGUGGGCCCCAGCACAGCCAGCUCUCACUACGAUUUUUCAUGGCUGCCGGCCCCAAGGGGGAGGACCCAUUCCAUCUGUCUUAGGCCCUCCUUCGGUGGGCUUACACCUCAGUUGAUGCUGCUAGAUUCCCUGGGAGCCAGCAGGGAGCUGGCUGGACUCAGUGCUGCCAGAACUGAGAAGGCUGCAGGGUGGGGCAGCCAGCCUGGCCAUCCUGAGGCAUGACCUUCCUCCCUGGCCACACUCCUCGGGACACAUCCAGAGACUGUUGCUGUCAGUAGGCAGAGUUCUGUGCUCCAGCCACUGUGAUCCUAGCGCCCGGGGCUGGGAGAGUAGGCUGAAUGUCCUUCCCACCCCUGCCCAGGCUAAGCUCCCUCUUCUGCUGAACCACGACCCUGCCCCCUCCUCCAGUCAGUCUCCCCCACCUUAUUUA